AUGAAGUUCGGACACACACUGUUAUCUCACCAGGUGCCGGAAUGGCAGCAGCACUAUAUAGACUACAAACUGCUCAAGAAGAUCGUGAAGUCGAUACAUAACCGGGAGGCUGAGAUCCGGCUCGAGGACAGGGAUGCAGACGUUUUUGCAGACUCACAGAUCAAAGCUGAUCUGGCGAGGUUCUUCUUCCACAUCGACAGCAACGUUGAAAAGGUGGACGAGUUCUACACGAAGAAGUACUUGGACUAUGAGCGGCGGUUGAAGAAGCUCAUCGCGGUGUUUCCAAAGACGUCCAGCGACAUCAACGACAUGGAGGAGUAUGAUGACUUAGUGGACAUCUUGCUGGAGUUGCGUAACUGCUUCAGAAACUUGAAGUGGUAUGCCGAGCUCAACAGAAGAGGCUUUGUGAAAAUUCUCAAGAAAUUGGACAAAAAGACCGGGACCAAAAAACAGGAGUCGUACCUACGUUCGAAGAUCUACCCGUUAUCGUUCUGCAACGAUGCAGACACCGUCCGCAUCUUGUCCACUAUCAACGACUAUUUGAACAAGCUGUCCAACAUCAAGGACGAAAACGAAUUCUCUGCAACGUCCAAGGUAUCCGAUGGAUCUGCGUCGUCAUCGAUCUCCACUCUCGACAUCAACCCGGUCCACAACUUGGGUGGGAACUACAACUUUGGAACGAUUUCGGAGCAGAGCCGCCUGCCGCCACCAUCAACGGUUGCCGUUCCGACAAUCAACAACAUGCUUAAGAGCUCUGCUGCAGACCCGUUUCUUCACGCCAUCAAAGAGGACGAUGUCGAAAAACUAGAGUCUCUUCUCACAAAGGAGUACAUGUCUCCCGUGUUGGCGCCUUUGAAACUCUUGCUGUCCUUGUUGAACAAAUCCACUUUGGAAUUGUCCUAUAAAUGUAUCGACCAGUUGUUGAAGAUCAUCCCUGUGCUUUCUGAUUCCAGUGAUGUGUCUGGAAGAAAUUUCAUUCACCAUCAUGUGAUUGCCUUGGGUAAGAAGAACUACAACCGAACUGCAAACAAUUACAACAUUGGCCAAUUGAGCAAAACCGAUUACAAUGCCUCCUUGUUCAGCACUUACGGGCCGGAUGGUAUCAACUCUAAUGAUUCCUCCAAAGGGUUGUGGUACAUUUUCCAGAAUUUGCCAGAUCAUUUGAAGUUUGCCAUUCUCCAAAAGGAUAACUACAAAAGAACACCCCUACACUACGCGUCCCAAUACGGCUUGAAAGAGGUAACCUUUAUUGUUUUACAGUUCUUGAAAGAGUGGGGGAUGUUUAAUGAAAAUGUUUCUCUCGAUGAUAUCUCUCACUGGGGAGAUUCUGAAAACCUCACUCCUUUACAUUUGGCUGUUUUAGGCAAACAUCCAAAGACCACAGAAGUCCUUGUUGAUGCUAUUGCGAAAAACAUCAGCUUGACAUGCCCAUAUUUAUUGCACGUGGCUACCAGAAUGAAUACUCCCGACUUGCUCAGUUGCUUGUUGAAGUGUAGAGGAAUUGACAUCAAUGCAUAUGAGACAGAACAGAGCAAAGAAACUGCUCUUUACGUCGCUGCCAAAUACGACUUGAAAGAUAGCGUUGAGACUCUACUUGAAAACGGCGCAGAUUCUGAAAUUGGGGAAUCUUCUUUUGGAUGGACUCCAAUCUUUGUUGCAUCUGCAAAUGGAUACAACGAUAUCAUCGAGUUGUUGAUCAACUAUGGAGCCAAAUAUUUCAUCCAAGAUGAGAGUGGAUGGACUCCCCGUGAACAUGCGGCCUUGCGUGGCCAUAUCGAUAUUAUUCCUAAGUUGACACCACCAGACUUCAAUCCUUACGAUUCAUUGAACAUGGUGACUAUGUCUCCAAAAUUAUCUCCUAAGAUCCUUGCAAGGAACUCCUCUGCAUCAUCAAGUAUUCUUAAAAUUGCAGAACAUAGAUCCAAAACUCCUGAACCGCAGUCAGAUAAGAUUGAUUUGAAGCAGCUCCAAAACUCCAACUCUUCUUUUACACAUCUUCCUGUUAACAACAACACCAUUGUUGGCAAUAGAUACCUUAAAAAAGGCGAAUCUCUUGUCUUGGUUACUAUUGGAACAACAGAUUUGCGUGAUACCACACCAGCUCUGGAAUUGAACAAAAUUCCAUUAUCCAAAAUUCACUCCACAGAACUCGAUUCUGCAUUGUCGAUUGUAAUUAGAUCUCCAAAUGUUCCAGAUCAACCGGAGUAUCCUCUUGCCUUGCCGCUUGAUGAUAAUCAUGGAAGUGCGACAGAUCCAAUUACUUUCAAAUGCAACAAUAGAAACCCGCUAGAUACAGUGCUAUACUUUGAUAUUAUUCCAACAUUUGAAGUCGAUGUCAACGAUGGAGAGAAGAACAAAAAAAUUCUAGGUCGUGGUGUUGCUAUUUUGAAAGACCUUUAUACACCAGUUGGUCCAAACAAGCGUUCACUCUUCAAUUGCGUCAAAGUUCCAAUUUUAGAAAUGGGUACGAUGGAAGUUCUAGGUAGCAUCAAGUUUGAGUUUUUGUUUGCGAAAUCGUUUGAAGAAGUAGGUAAGAUUCCAGAGAAUGCGGACAGAUAUUGGAAAUCGUUGGUUCACCCUAAACUUAUUGGUCAUAGAGGUAAUGGCAUGAACAGUCGUAACAAGAAAUCGUUACAAUUGGGUGAAAAUACUGUUGAAUCGUUUAUUGCGGCCGCCUCGUUAGGCGCACAAUAUGUCGAGUUUGAUGUUCAAUUGACCAAGGAUGAUAUACCAGUUAUUUAUCACGAUUUCAUUGUUGCUGAAUCUGGUUUUGAUAUUCCUAUGCAUUCUUUAACACUAGAACAGUUCAUGCAUUUGAAUUUGGAUCAUAAGAAUGCCAAGGCGGAUAAAAACAAGUUUGUCAAAGACGACUCUUUCAUUGCCAAAAGGUCUAGGUCCAAGUCUGUUACUAGCGGAGCUAACGCUAAAAAAGUCGGGGAUCUUGAAACUUUACCAGUUGAGUCAUAUGAAGAGUUUGACGAAGAAGAUUUCAACCAAGGGAGGAUGAAAUUCACUAAAACCUGGAAGCAGAAAGAAUUCAAGGCAAACACCAGAGGUGCAACAAUCGCCUCCUCUUUUACUACAUUGGAGGAAUUGUUUAGGAAGAUUCCAAAGACUGCGGGCUUCAAUAUUGAGUUGAAAUACCCAAUGUUGGAUGAGUCUCAAAGUGACGAUAUCGGACAAGUGGCUCCUGAAAUUAACCAUUUCCUCGAUACAAUUCUUUCCAUGGUUUACGACAAAUAUGAUGGCAGAAACGUUAUCUUCUCUUCUUUCCAUCCAGAUGUAUGCAUGAUCAUGACUAUGAAGCAACCAUCAUUCCCUGUUCUAUUCCUAACGGAGGCCGGUGUCAGCCCUAUGGCGGAUGUUCGUGCCAGUUCCUUACAGUGUGCAAUCCGUUUUGCUAAAAACUGGAACCUCUUUGGUAUUGUGAGUGACGCUUUACCUCUUGUUUACUGUCCACGAUUGGCGGGAGUUGUGAAGGCCAGUGGGCUGGCCUGCUUUACGUAUGGUACGGCAAACAACGACCCUGAAAACGCCAAAUUGGAGCUUGCUGCAGGUGUGGAUGCUGUCAUUGUGGAUAGUGUCUUGGCGGUCCGGAAAGAGCUCACCAAUGCAAAAAAUGAAAGUCCCGGAUGA